AUGUUGACUUUCUUUUUCUGCUUUUGUUGCUUUAUCGUUUCUUCCUUUCUUCCUAUCUUUCUUUUUAUAUCUGUUAAUUUCGUUUCAUUCUUAUAUCCAUAUCCGGUUCACUUUCUUUCUUUCUUUCUUUCUUUCUUUUUUUCUUUCUUUCUUUCUUUCAUUCUUUCUUUCUUUCUUUUCAGCUUUUCUUUCUCUCUUAUUACCUUACAUUCUCCCGUUCUUUCCUUUCAGCCUUUCUUUCUCUCUUAUUUCCUUACAUUCUCGUAUCGAUAUCCUCUUGACUUUCUUUCCUUCUUUCUUUCUUUCUUUCUUUCUUUCUUUCUUUCUUUCUUUCUUUUAUCUGUUAUUUUCCUUGCAUGCAUUUAUCUAUAUCAUGAUGACUUUCUUUCUUUCUUUUUUCUUUCGAUCGUUCGUUCGUUCUUUGUUUUACUUACUUAUUUGUUUAUUUAUUCUUUCAUUUAUCUGUUAUUUUCCUCGGAUUCUUCUAUAAAUAUUCUCUUGACUUUCUUUCUGUCUUCCUCUCUUUCUUUUAGCCGUUAUAUACUUCUGUCUUUCUUUCUUUGUCCUUUAUUUCUGUCUUUCUUACUUUUAUCUGUUAUUUACCUUACAUUCUUCUAUUAUUAUCCUGUUGUCUUUCUUUCUUUCUUUCUUUCUUUCUUUCUUUUAUGUGUUAUUUUCCAUGCAUUCUUCUGUUGA